AUGCAUUCGCCAUCGCCGCAACUCCUGCGCGUCUUGCGCACCUCCCUAGUCCACACCCGCCACACCUCGAACUUGACUCGAUUCUGCCAGAUCCCAUCAGCAACCGCAGCACCAUGCCUCGUCUCAAAUCCUAGCACCGAAAUACCCUCAACACGCCGCAACUAUAGCUCACCCAUCCGACCAACCCGCAUGAUUCCUCGCUCGCACGCGCACAAACCCGUCAGCCGCGACCGUGGCCCAGAGUCCAAAGAAGACACUCAGACCAACUUCGAUGCGUUGAACGUGCUGGGCAACAUCCCUGCGCCAACGACAGCCAUUGAUGCAUGCCUCGACUCCGGGUUCCAUCUUAACAAUGGCGUGAAGCUUACCAACGGCGAUGGGCUGUUGCUGGUCGGCGGUGAGGCAUUUGCAUGGCGGCCGUGGAAGGCUGCCGAGGGCGCAGAGAGCGAUCGUGUCGCUAAGGAUGCUAUGCUCAAUGCUAAAGGGCAGUUUGAGCUUGAUGAGUCGGUCUGGGGGUUGUUGAAUCUUGUCUGGCCAAAGCCUGAUAUGCUCAUUCUUGGUCUUGGUGGCUCGAUGUUCCCGCUCUCGCCCGAAACUAGGCGUCACAUCAACUCGUUGGGCAUUCGGGUGGAUAUCCUCGAUACCCGGAAUGCGGCCGCGCAGUUUAAUCUGCUUGCUACGGAGCGUGGUGUAACUGAGAUUGCCGCUGCCAUGAUUCCUAUUGGGUGGAAGGCUAGACCUCUCUAG